CCAUCGAUCUGCUCGGCCAGCGUGCGCCUGCGCCUUCGGGUCUCGGGGAGCCGCCUGCACGCACGCCUGGGUUUGUCGGGGAGUCGCCUGCGUGCCUGUCUGCUGCCGGCCGCCUAGCAGCCCCUUCACAGCGGAGUUUGCAAAAAUGGAAUUUCAAGCAGUAGUGAUGGCAGUUGGAGGGGGAUCUCGGAUGACAGACCUAACUUCUAGCAUUCCCAAACCUUUGCUUCCAGUUGGAAACAAACCUUUAAUUUGGUAUCCACUGAACCUGCUUGAGCGUGUUGGAUUUGAAGAAGUCAUUGUCAUUACAACCAGGGAUGUCCAGAAGGCUCUAAGUGCAGAAUUCAAGAUGAAAAUGAAGCUAGAUAUUGUGUGUAUUCCUGAUGAAGCUGACAUGGGGACUGCAGACUCUCUGCGCCAUAUCUAUCCAAAACUUAAGACAGAUGUGCUGAUCCUGAGCUGUGAUCUGAUAACAGAUGUUGCUUUACAUGAGGUUGUAGACCUGUUUAGAGCUCAUGACGCAUCACUUGCUAUGUUAAUGAGGAAAGGCCAAGCUGGCUUAGAAAUAGCUCCAGGUCAAAAGGGAAAAAAAAAAGCAGUGGAGCAGCGUGACUUCAUUGGAGUGGACAGCACAGGAAAGAGACUGCUCUUCAUGGCUAAUGAAGCGGACUUGGAUGAUGAGUUGGUCAUUAAGGGAUCCAUCCUGCAGAAGCACCCUAGAAUACAUUUCCACACAGGCCUUGUGGAUGCCCAUCUCUACUGCUUGAAAAAAUACGUGGUGGACUUCCUAAUGGGAAAUAAGUCAAUUACUUCCAUUCGGAGUGAACUGAUUCCAUACCUGGUGAGAAAACAGUUUUCCUCAGCUUCAUCUCAACAGGGACAAGAAGAUAAAGAGGAGGAUCUAAAGAAAAAGGAACUGAAGUCAUUAGAUAUUUACAGCUUUAUAAAAGGACCUAGUACACUGACCUUUGAUCCCUAUGAUGCCUGCUGGAAUGCCUGUCGAGGAGACAGGUGGGAAGACUUGUCCAGAUCACAAGUGCGCUGCUACGUCCACAUCAUGAAAGAGGGGCUCUGUUCUCGAGUGAGCACUUUGGGACUCUACAUGGAAGCAAACAGACAGGUGCCCAAAUUGUUACCUGUUUUCUGUCCAGAAGAAUCACUAGUCCAUUCAUCAGCCCAGAUCGUGACUAAACACCUGGUUGAAGUUGACAGCCUCAUUGGACCAGAUACACACGUUGGAGAGAAGUCAUCCAUUAAGCAUUCAGUCAUUGGAUCAUCCUGUGUCAUAAGAGAAAGAGUGACUAUCACUAAUUGUCUUCUCAUGAAUUCAGUCACAGUGGAGGAAGGAAGCAGCAUCCAGGGGAGUGUCAUCUGCCACAAUGCUGUGAUCGAGAAGGGAGCAGACAUUAAGGACUGCCUGAUUGGAAGUGGCCAAAGGAUUGAAGCCAAAGCCAAACGAGUGAAUGAGGUGAUCGUGGGAAAUGACCAGCUUAUGGAGAUCUGAGUGAUGAGCAAGUCACAUUCCUUCCUCUGGGCCCCCAGAGCUACUGAUGUUGGCUGACCCACCUAUUUGACUCUGUAUUUAUUUCCCAAUAAAGAACUCCCCAAAGUC